GAUCGAUCAUGCAUGGAAGUAGCCGAGCGAGCGCUGCCCUGACUUGGUUCAUUUCUUCAUGCUGAACUACACGACUUUCCACCGCUCCUGCUUAUAUUUGCCUCGUUUCAGGCGACACAGAUACGUAUUUGCGUCCAUGCUAAGGAUUUUAAGAACUCGUUUUUUGCAACGGCACAUUUGAACGACUCCGGUUCAAGGAAAGAGCUACUCCUAGUUCUUCAGCCGUGACGAUACAGCGACAGCGCGGAAGACACAGACACAGAUCCGAGCGACAAGGAAGGCACGGCACUGUCUGUACGCUGGUUCUGUGGAGUUAAUUAUUAUUCAAAUGUUAUAGAAACAUUUCAUACCAGAUUUAUGCAUGGACACGCAGUUAUUACCUUGAAAAUCAACAAUGCAAUGCUGCGUAGGCCUAUAGUUGCAGAAACUAUUGGUGCGCAAAGAAGAGUUGAUCCGAGAGAAUAAUUAUUCAUUUGGGUAGGCUGUGGUAGACCGACUACAGGAGAAAACUAUUAGAAAGCUAUAAAUUCAUGUUUAUAAUAUCUGUGACAUCCCACAUCUUCUGCGGUUGAAGAGGAUGCGCUUGUUGCUACGAAUACAUGAUAAGAGCAUUAACUGAAAUAGUAUUUAUUUAAAACGGACCCUCAACUAAUAUUCAAGACAUUUACCCACCAAUUCCAAUAAUUUUUUAUUGCACAAACUGGCAGUGCUUUUUUUUUUUACUGAAUGAAAAAAUAACUUUUUCCAAAUGUUAAUUCAUGCCUCAGCACAAUAACUGCCUCGUGGAAUACUAAGAUAUAAGGCAAUUAUCAUUUAAAAGCCUUUAGAUGUGAAUAUAAUUUCACUCUGUUCAUUUGAAGAAUUCUACCGCGCCAGAGGCUGCAUCGAGAGGGACUUUGGGGUGUCCAAGUUCGGGAGCCAUGCCGCAGGUGGAAAUGAUCCUGUGCGUUUCCCUGGUGUUAUGGACGUGUGUCUACGGCCAAGAGCCGGCCUCCAAGGUGGUGUCCGACCGCUAUGCCGUCUACUGGAACCGGACCAACCCCAGGUUCUACCGGGGUGACUACCACAUCGACGUGUGUAUAAACGACUACCUGGAUGUUUUCUGUCCCCACUACCUGGUCUCUGUCCCCGAGGAGCGGACAGAGCACUACGUCCUCUACAUGGUCAACUAUGACGGCUACAGCUCCUGUGACCACACUGCCAAGGGCUUCAAACGCUGGGAGUGUAACAGGCCCCACUCCCCCAACGGACCCUUGAAGUUCUCAGAGAAGUUCCAGCUCUUCACCCCCUUCUCUCUGGGUUUUGAGUUCCGCCCCGGCAGAGAGUACUACUACAUCUCUUCCACCAUUGCUGACAAUGGAAGGAGAAGUUGCCUACGACUGAAGGUGUUCGUCAGACCAGCAAGUAAAUACAAUUGUGUGAAAACUGUCAGUGUUCACGAUCGGGUCUUUGACGUCAAUGAGAAAGUGGACAAUUCCCUAGAACCAAGAGAUGACACCAGCCACGAGUCAGCCGAGCCAUCCCGAGGUGACGUCAACUCCGUUGGCCGGGUUCAGACCGCCGGCCUGCUGGUGACCUCCUCCCUGCUUUUCUUGGCGGCCAUCUUGUCUUCAUAGCGCCCAGCCUGAAGGUUUUAGACAGAGCGGAGUGGACCGCCCUGACUGGACCACAGGCCCCCCACAACCCCCAAGGAGCACUUUUUAACAGACAGUCUCUCUCAGUGCAAGGGAGAGGAGAGACUUUUAAGUGGAAGUCCUUUUUAUAAACGUUGCUUUGGGGAGUUAAGAUGCCAAAAGCCUUUUUGACUCUCAUUUUGUCAUUUUACUUUCCUGUGAAUUUUGAUAUUUGAAGGCCAUGGUAUGCCAUUGAAUUUGCCCUCCACCCCCUCUCACACACUAACACACACACACACACAUGCUCUCUCUCUCUCCCUCCUCUGUAGCCACACCAAACAUUUUGCAAGAUUAAACAACGGAACAAAAACAUUUUCCAAACCCCCAAAUGACUUUGAUUGAGAAUAUGAUGAAGUCUUACAGCAAAUUACAAUUGAUAAUUUGAAGAAGGCUUGUGACUGAUCAGAUCAGCCAAUGGCAAUGAGGCCAAGGCAUACUGGCAAAUCAAAUGAGGACAAGGCAUGCUGGCCAAUCAACGGUGAAACAAGGAUCCAAAGCCAUGGUUGUUGCUCGGUGAAAUCCUGUUGUCAAGCGGAGGGGGCUCAGUUAUUUCCUUGCCUUUGAAGAGUCCAUUAGAAGUUCCUCUCAGGUGAUGGGGGUUGGAUUCAAUGACUCAGAGACUGGGGGAGGACGUUUGAGAUUAACCGGAAAAAUGUUUAGUACUUCGUGUCCUUGUAGGGGAAUUAGUGAUCGAUUAAUGUAUUUUUGAAAUGAAUCAGAUAAUUCAAGUUUAGCAGCCAACAUGGGUGUAUAUUUGCGAGGAGCGUGGGAGUUGAUAUGGUAUUUUAUCAGGCAAAUGUAUUUUCCUAUUUAUUGUUGAGUCCAUGAGCUCUUUCCCUUUUCUGAUGCCUGUCCUGGUUCAGUCACUGUAACUACAGCAGAGAGAAGCCCAGAACAUCCCACCACUAAAAAGCAUCACUCUCUCUUUUUGUUUAGGACAGAUAUACUAAUAUUUCAUUACUCAUACACAUUAAAUAUCUGGGCUUGGACUCAAAAUAUAAUUGGAUUGUUUUUAUCAAGCAGAGUUCAGGGAAGAGGACAGAAAGUCGGAUGUUGUAUCAGGGUGUAGGAAUGUGAGUUAUAACUGUGAUCUUCUCUGUAACAGUAAACACUAACUAUAUGCUAACAACUCAGCCCAUAUUACGAUCCACUACUUCUUUUGCAAACAUUGUCAUAACCUUUACCAAACUACAAUUAUGUACAUAAACACAAAGUACAGGGAUGACAGCAUUCUGUAACUAAUACGAUUCGUUUCAAUUAUGUUUUUAGUAAUAUUCUUGGGUUCUUCCCCAAGCAAACAGCACACACUUUCAUUGAUAUUGAUAGGUUAGCGACCAUGCAGUGAUGAUCAACCCACACGUCCCCACAGUUCUCCUAAGGUUGUGGUAACGUUGUGGACAUAAGGUUCCUCUAUAGCAGCUGCAGCUCUGGUAUGAUUUAGCCGUGUCUUUGAUGUUGUGUAGAGCGGCGCCCAUGCAGACCACAUGCUGGGGGGCCAUGCGCUGGUUAUUUCUGGAAUGAAAAAAAAAUGACCACCAAAGAGAGAGAGAGAGAGAGAGAGAGAGAGAGAGAGAGAGAGAGAGAGAGAGAGAGAGAGAGAGAGGGAGAGAGGUGUCCUGUUCAGCCCAGAGGUAACUUUACCACCAGAGGACCGGAGUGAGUGAUGAGGUGAGAGAGAGGCCCAGCUGAGAUCAAUAGAAAUUGGCUUCUCAAACACAGCAACACAAG